UCUGAUCAUCGGCCUCCAAAAUCAUCUCUCUCACUCACUCUGCCGCUCCAAAACCUUCUCUCUCUAAAUCAACCUAAAUCAUCUCUCCAUUCAAUCGCAAUCCGUGAGAGAAAACUCGUGUAGCUGUUACGCAUACCUGCUGCUGUGCGCAGCCUCUGAUUUCCCCUUCCUUUUCUCUGCGUGCGUGGAUCGGCGGAACAAUGUCGUUGAGGCCGAACGCGAGGACCGAGGUCCGCCGGAAUCGGUACAAGGUGGCUGUGGACGCGGAUGAAGGCCGCCGCCGCCGAGAGGAUAACAUGGUGGAGAUCCGGAAGAAUAAGAGGGAGGAGAACCUGCAGAAGAAGCGGCGCGAGGGGCUUCAACCGCAGCAAUUCCAGCCCGCAGUCACUGUUCCUCAGCUCGAUAAGAAGUUGGAAAGCCUCCCAGCAAUGAUUGCUGGGAUUUGGUCGAAUGAUGCUGCUCUGCAACUCGAAGCUACAACUCAAUUCCGCAAGCUUCUUUCGAUAGAGCGGAAUCCACCAAUUGAGGAAGUAAUAAAAUCUGGAGUAGUUCCCCGCUUUGUGGAGUUUCUUGUCAGAGAUGAUUAUCCUCAGCUUCAGUUUGAGGCAGCAUGGGCGCUUACAAACAUUGCUUCUGGGACAUCUGACAAUACAAAAGUCGUGAUUGACCAUAAUGCUGUUCCAAUUUUUGUGAAGCUUCUUAGUUCUCCGAGUGAUGAUGUCCGUGAACAGGCAGUAUGGGCACUAGGAAAUGUUGCUGGUGACUCACCAAAAUGUCGUGAUCUUGUCCUUGGUUACGGAGCUUUAGCACCUUUGUUGGCACAAUUUACUGAUCAGGCAAAGCUAUCUAUGCUUCGGAAUGCAACAUGGACACUGUCUAAUUUCUGCCGGGGAAAGCCACAGCCGCAUUUUGACCAGGUGAAACCAGCUCUACCGGCUCUUACACAUCUUAUACAUACUACUGAUGAGGAAGUCCUCACAGACGCAUGCUGGGCACUUUCAUAUUUAUCUGAUGGCACCAAUGAUAAAAUCCAAGCUGUGAUUGACUCUGGUGUUUGCCCUCGAUUAGUUGAGCUGUUACUGCAUCCUUCUCCAUCUGUUUUGAUUCCUGCUCUGCGUACUGUUGGUAAUAUUGUGACGGGUGAUGAUCUUCAAACUCAGGUUAUCAUUGAGAAUAGGGCUCUUCAAUGUCUGCUUAAUUUGUUGAAACAAAAUUUUAAGAAAAGCAUAAAAAAGGAAGCCUGUUGGACUAUCUCAAACAUCACUGCAGGAAAUAGAGAUCAAAUUCAGGCUGUGAUUGAGGCUGGUCUCAUUGCCCCUCUUGUUGUUUUGCUUCAAACUGCUGAGUUUGAGAUAAAGAAAGAAGCUGCUUGGGCUAUUUCAAAUGCCACUUCUGGUGGAACUCAUGACCAAAUCAAGCUCUUGGUACAUGCGGGAUGUAUAAAGCCACUCUGUGAUCUACUGCUUUGUCCCGACCCAAGAAUUGUCACAGUUUGCUUGGAAGGUCUUGAAAACAUUUUGAAGGUUGGAGAAGCAGAGAAGAAUCAAGGCAACUCCAGAGACGUGAAUGUCUUUGCCCAGAUGAUUGAUGAUGCAGAGGGUCUAGAGAAGAUUGAAAAUCUUCAGAGUCACGAUAAUAAUGAAAUAUAUGAGAAGGCUGUGAAGAUACUUGAAACAUAUUGGUUGGAGGAAGACGAUGAGCAGAUAGGGUCUGGUGAUGCUGCACAAGAGGGGUUCAAUUUCGGAGGUGGUGAUAUUCCUGUUCCUUCUGGGGGUUUCAAGUUCGGUUGAAGAUUUUAAAUUUUACAGGAGACAUUAUAUUUAUCAAGGUAUGCUCAAAAGUGCUUCUGAGCUGGCUAGUUGAAAAGUCAUUAGAGUCGGGUGAAGUCCAAGCGUUGAGUCACAGUUGAAGAGAAACAGCUCGUCUUAGUCAUCUAAUGUGGCUGAAUACUAUAAAGGAUCAUUGUGAUAUUAUCAGCCGGCUGGUCGGUCGGUCGGUCACAGCUUUUGUGAUGCAAUUCACAACUGCCAUGAAAGUUGUGCUCUAUUUUUAGUCUUCUCUCAUGAGCAGUGUCACCCAAGAGUCGGAAAGAGUCUAGAUUUCGAGUCGGGUAUAUAUUGCCCAGGUGGAAAUCAUUUCCAUAUUAAGUUGGAAUAAGGCAAAAAACCAAGUCAUGUAUUUUUGUGAGAGUUUGAGUCGGUUAUAUAUACCUUCUUGUCGCAGGAGUAUGAUUAUGCUUCUUGCUUCUUAGUCCAUGUAAACUUGAUGAAUGUGUUGUUUUUCUGAGAAGUACAUUCAAUUGGAUUUCUUUGUUCACUUA